AUGGCAUCAGAUUUGGCUGAGAAAACUGGUCAGUGUGAAGAUCCCACAGUUGGAAAUGAAUGCCCUACCCCGAUUGUUGAACGGGAUAGAAAUUUUGGUGUCGAAAUCGGGUUUCAACAAAUCCGAUUCCCCUCCGUCGAAGUUGGCUUACCGGAAAACUAUGAGAACGCCAGUUCUAUCAGUGAUCUUGACAUGUUACUGAAAUUCUUCAAAGAUAUAAACAUGCUUCAACAACCAUUUGAGGAAAUACUUCAAGAACAACGCCCCGAUUGCGUCGUUGCAGACAUGUUCUUCCCUUGGGCAACUGAUGUUGCAGGCAAGUUUGGAAUACCAAGGAUUGUCUUCCAUGGAUCAAGUUUCUUCUCUCUGUGUGUACAAGAUAGCUUGAGUCGCUAUAAACCUCAUGCCAAUAUUGCUUCUGAUUUGGAGGCCUUUGUGGUGCCUUGCGUCCCUGACCAGAUAGAGAUGACAAGCUCAAAGCUUCCAGAUGACCUUCAAGAUCCAAAAAAUAUCGGUGAAUUGCAUAAAAGUAUUUGGAAUUCAGAUGAAAGGUGCUAUGGAACUCUGAUGAACAGCUUCUAUGAGUUGGAGCCAGCUUAUGCAGAGCACUACAGGAAGGCCAUGGGAAGGAAGGUAUGGCACAUAGGUCCAGUUUCUUUCAGCAAUAUGGACUUUACAGAGAAGGCACAAAAAAGGGGAAACAGAGCUGCCAUAGAUGAACACGAGUGCUUGCGUUGGCUAGACUCUAAGGAACCUAAUUCGGUUCUCUUUGUGUGUUUUGGGAGCAUGCCUCGCUUCAAUUCUACUCAGCUACGUGAGAUUGCUAUGGGUCUUGAAGAUUCAGGUCAUCCAUUCAUCUGA